UAAAUUGAUUUUUUUUUUUUGGUGUGUGAAUUAAGAAAGAUGUGUAAAAAGAGGAAUGUGUGUGUAAAGAGAACCACCCCUAGCCCUCUCUAUAAAUUCCACACAGAACCCUAAUCUUCUCUCUUCACUCUGCAGGCAAAAAUGUCCAAGCGAGGGCGUGGAGGAUCGGCGGGGAACAAGUUUCGCAUGUCGCUGGGUCUGCCGGUGGCGGCGACAGUGAACUGUGCUGACAACACCGGAGCGAAGAAUCUCUACAUCAUUUCGGUGAAGUGCAUCAAGGGAAGACUCAACCGCUUGCCCUCGGCAUGUGUAGGAGAUAUGGUGAUGGCCACUGUGAAGAAGGGCAAGCCUGAUCUCAGGAAGAAGGUCAUGCCCGCUGUCAUCGUCAGGCAGCGCAAGCCCUGGCGCCGAAAGGACGGUGUUUUUAUGUACUUCGAAGAUAAUGCUGGUGUCAUCGUUAAUCCAAAAGGAGAAAUGAAAGGAUCUGCUAUUACGGGUCCAAUUGGCAAGGAGUGUGCUGACCUGUGGCCUAGGAUUGCUAGUGCAGCCAAUGCUAUUGUCUAAGUUCUGAACUGAAAGGGAAGUCGAAAGACUUGAAGAAGCCUUGGAAGAACUAAGCAAUUGAAGUAGUGCUAUGGAUUUAUCCAAAAAAAUAGUCUCAUGUUCUCAUGUCUUAGAUUUACACCCCAAAAAAUGUUUUAGAUUUAUGUUACACAGUAGAAUAUACUCUUUUGCUGAGAGGUGCUUGACCUUGUUUUCAAUUUUGGAUUGUAAGUGUUCAUCGUUGGCAAUGACGUGUUUGUUAUUUGCUUGGCUUUUUGAAGUAUUUAAAAUUGGGGGGUUUGAAUUUGUCUA